AUGGGGCUCGACUAUUUGAUGGUCCAUGUAAAAUACAACAUUCCUCCAGCUCUGUUAUUGACAAUUCUCUAUAAACCUUUCUUCACCCGCCUGGAGGUUUAUAAAAUUGUGUUUCUAUGUACGAUUGCUGUCAUUUGGACAACUCCAUGGGAUUCGUACUUGAUUCGAACUCGAAUAUGGUCGUAUCCUGCGGAUUCAGUUAUCGGCUACACCAUUUUUCGAAUCCCCCUUGAGGAAGCCUUCUUUUUUAUUAUUCAAACUUACAAUACCAGCCUUAUAUAUAUCCUUUUCAACAAGCGAUUGAUCCUUCUGCCCUACCUAUCUGGACCGAUCAAGCCUUUGACCCAGGGAUUAUUCGGUACUGUAGCUCUUCGGACAUGGAGGGACCUAGGUAUUUUGUUCAUCACUGGGAUCUCAGUUCUGGGUAUUUUAUGUAUCCGCACUGGCGGCGAAUACAUGUAUCUCGGAUUGAUUCUCUCUUGGAUUUCUCCAAUACUGCUCGUGCAAUGGCCCCUUAUGUAUCGCUUCCUACUUGGACUCCCUUCUGCCAGCCUUUGGAUUCCAAUUGUUCUACCAACUCUUUACCUUUGGAUAGUUGACACUCUCGCUUUGAGAAGAGGAACUUGGGUAAUAGAAAGUGGAACGAAAGUUGAUAUCCAGCUCUGGGACGGGCUUGAUCUAGAGGAAGCAUUAUUUUUUCUAGUAACAAACGUUAUGAUCGUUCUAGGUAUUGCAGGAAUGGACAAUGCAAUUGCGCUGUUCGAGUACAAAGCCUUCGUAUCCACUGCUGUUGGCGAAACGCCCUGCAUAUCUCGGCUCCUUACUCUUUUCUUCAUGAGAAGCCACCAUCAUUGUGACACGAAUGUUCUCCAGGAGAUGUUGGAAGCUGUCACCCUUCUGAAGCAAAAAAGCCAGAGCAUGUAUUUGGGAAGUGCGAUUUUUGAAGGGCAGAUCCGGUUAGACCUUAUCGCAUUGUACUCUUUCUGCCGCAAAACUGAUGAUCUAAUCGAUGAUGCACCCAAUCGUGAGACUGCACAAUAUUGGAUUAAGCAGUGUGAAAAGGCUUUGGAAUUGAGAUUCAAACUAAAGGGAGCUGCACUGGACAACAAGGAGGCCUACCAACAACUGACGAAAUCAAUUCCACAACCGCUGCAUGCUGCAGUCCAUUUGUUACCGGCAUCUCGGCUUCCAAAGGGGCCACUUUCCGACCUCCUUAAAGGCUUUGAGAUUGAUAUGAAGUUUGAUUCCGAGAGAGGUAUAUUCCCUAUUGCUACAGAACAUGACCUUGAAGUGUACGCAUACCAUGUUGCAGGAACCAUAGCCACCCUCCUCCUGGAGCUGGUUUUCCGUCACUAUCCAGUGUCUAUCAGCGAUUCUGAUCGUUUACGAGUGGUAUCAGCUGGUGAGGGCAUGGGCAGAGCAUUACAGUACACUAAUAUCGCCCGGGAUAUUGUUCGUGAUGCUGAGAUUGGCCGCGUUUAUAUUCCGAGCCUAUGGCUAGCAGAGCAAGGCCUGACUCCCUCUAUGGUGAUUAAUCAGCCUAGAGACCCUAAGCUGAUACCGUUGAGGAGAAGAUUACUCGACAAGGCUGAGAAAUGCUACCGGGAUACGCGGGAAGCAAUUUCGGAACUCCCAGCAAAUGUCCGAGGCCCCGUGCGAGCGACAGUUACGGUUUAUAUGGACAUUGGUCAAGUUAUUCGCGAAAAUGAAAGGAAGUUUUGGAAUGGUAAGUUGAAGAUUUCGCGUUGGAGGCUGUUCAAAGGUGCUUGGUUGGCAAUGUCAUGA